CAAGAAGGGUAGGAGAAAAAAGCCAUGGCUGAUGCUAUCCUGAAGGAGAAGAGGAGGCAGUUUAUCCGCUCAGUGGGCGCAGGUACCAUCAAUGGCUUGCUGGAUGAACUGUUAGAGAAAAGAGUGCUGAACCAGGAAGAGAUGGAGAAAGUAAGACAUGAGAAUGCUACAGUUAUGGAUAAGGCAAGAGCUUUGCUUGACUCAGUCAUUCGGAAAGGGCCCCAGGCAUGUCAGAUUUGUAUCCUUCACAUUUGUGAAAACGACUGCCAUCUGGCAGGGAUGCUGGAGCUCUCCUCAGGUCCACAAUCUGGGAACCACCUUAAUACACAAAACUCCCGAGCAAUGUUUUCUACCAUCCCAGCUCCUCAGCCAGACAACUCAGCUAUGCCCAUGGCCUUGGGCCCAGGAAGGGGACUCAAGAUUUGCCCCCUAGAAAUAGCCCAAAAGAUAUGGAAUGAAAAGUCAGCGGCAGAGAUUUAUCCAAUAAUGGAAAGGUCAGUACGCACACGACUUGCCCUCAUUAUUUGCAACAUGGAAUUUGAUAAUCUUCCCAGAAGGGCCGGAGCUGACGUUGAUAUCAGAGAUAUGAAGAUGCUGCUAGAAGUUCUGGGAUACAGCGUGGUUGUCAAAGAAAAUCUCAGUGCUUUGGACAUGGAUGCAGAGCUGAAGACAUUUGCUGCCCGGCCAGAGCACCAUACUUCUGACAGUACUUUCGUGGUGCUCAUGUCUCAUGGUAUUCGGGAUGGCAUUUGUGGGACGAAAUACUCUGAGCAAGUCCCAGAUGUAUUAAAAGUCGACACCAUCUUUCAAAUUUUAAAUACCUGGCACUGUCGCAGUUUGAAGGACAAACCCAAGGUGAUCAUCAUUCAGGCCUGCCGUGGUGAGAACCCAGGGGUAGUGUGGUUAAAAGAUGCAGUAGGAAACUCUGAAAACAGAUCCUCACUGGCUCUAGAAGAUUUUGAGGACGAUGCCAUUAAGAAAGCCCAUAUAGAGAAGGAUUUUAUUGCUUUCUGUUCUUCAACACCAGAUAAUGUUUCUUGGCGACAUCCAACACAGGGCUCUGUUUUUAUUAUGAGACUCAUUGAAAAAUUGCAAGAACAUGCCUGGUCCUGUGACCUGGAGACAAUUUUCCGAAAGGUCCGACUUUCCUUUGAGCUGCCAGAUAGUAAGGCGCAGAUGCCCACCACUGAAAGGGUGACUUUGACCAGAUAUUUCUACCUCUUUCCAGGACAUUAAAAUAAGAAGCCAAGAAUUCUUUCAUUCUGUACCUGCUUUUGGAAACAUUUCAGCUGG